AUGUUACCCUCAGAGGUUUUUGCCAACACGUCAGAAGCAGAACUUGAGAUCAUAACAGAUAUCCAAGCCAAGCUCAGGGAAGACCCAUCACUUGAGCCCAUCAUCAAAGAUUACAACUGGGAAGAAGAUUUGCUUUGGUACCAAGGGAAGCUGGUGGUUCCUGACAACAAACCCCUAAAGGAAAAACUCCUAAGGGAAUUCCAUGACUCUCCCCUGGCAGGACAUCCUGGGCAACAACAAACCCUUGAACUGCUAAGUUGUAACUACUGGUGGCCAGGUAUGAAGUCCUCUGCUAAGGAAUGGGUGGAAUGCUGUCCUGUAUGCCAGGCCAACCAAUGUGCCCAUGCCCCUGUAAUUGCCUUGAAGCCCUUAGAAGUCCCCCCUUUCCCAUUCCACACUAUUUCAUACAAUUUCAUCACAGGGUUCCCCAAGUCUCAGGGUCACAACGCCAUCCUGGUGGUCAUAGAUUUGUUCUCCAAGUUUGGACACUUCAUCCCCACUUCCAAGAAGGUCACAGCUAAGGGCCUAGCAGACCUAUUCAUCACCAAUGUCUGGAAACUUCAUGGACUUCCAAUCAAGACAAUCUUGGACCGUGGAACAACCUUCACCGGGAAAUUCCUAAAAGCCCUGUACCAACGACUUGGAGUCAAACCAGCAUUUUCCUCCGCUUAUCACCCUGAAUCUGAUGGACAAACAGAAAGGGUGAACCAGUUCAUCAAGUUUUACCUCUGCUCCUAUGUAGCAGCCAACCACUCAGACUGGGCCACCUGGCUACCCCUGGCAGAAUAUGCAUAUAAUAACGCCAAACACGCAGCCACAGGGAAAACACCAUUUGAAUUAGUCUAUGGAAGGAAUCCAGUAAUGAGUCCAUCAAACGUCCCAUCCAACGUCCCAGAAGCAGACCAAGUGGCAGACACAUUAGCUGGCGCUUGUGGCCCUAGAGAAUGGAAGGAAGCCAAAGCAGCCUUAAGGAUGAGUAAGGAAAGAAUGGUCAGGGAGAAAGGAACAAUACCCAAAUACUCAAUUGGCAAAAAAGUCUGGCUAGAUGGGAAGAAUGUGGAACUAAGGACCAAUUCCAACAAACUGGACCCUAAACAGUUAGGACCCUUCAAGAUCACAGAAAAAAUAUCCAGCCAUGCCUACUGCCUCAAGUUGCUGGAAUCAUUGAAAAUCCACAACGUAUUCUAUGUGGGAUUCCUAUCAAAGGCACACAAAUCCCCAAAUCAACCAUUCCCAGAACAACCUCCCCCUGAGACAAUAGAAGGGGAGGAAGAAUACAAAGUUGAGCAAAUCAUUGAUUCCAAGCAACAACAGGGAAAAUGGUUCUACUUGAUAAAGUGGAAGGGUUACGGUCCAGAAGACAAUUCUUGGGAACCAGAAGAACUGUUGGAACACAGCCAGGAAGAGAUCAAGCGCUUCAACCAAGCUAGACUCAGAAAGGCUUGUGACGCCACCAAGAGCCUUUAA